AUGGUUGGUAGUACUCACAAAUGUGGACAACCAAACUGUUUGUUCCCUGUGGAAGAGGGAAUGAAGUGUGACGAAUGCCAUAAGUGGUUCCACAAAAUGUGCACCCGCUUAAGUCCCACCGCACACAAAAGAUGCUCGAAGCCUAACUCACAUUGGCUUUGCAUGUUUUGCUGUGCCAACAAGGCAUUACUAAUACAGGAGGCUAUGAGCCUGUUGGCUUUGGCCUGUAAAAAGAAGGAUGGCAUAUGCGCUGACAACACGGGCACUGACAGUGACGAAUGUGUCAGUGUAGUACCUGCUGUUACGCGACGCCUCAAACAACCGACUUUGACCGACGUAAAAGUGGAAUCUUCGUUGACAUUAACAGGGGGAGUAGUACCACCUGGUACUGACAUUGUUAAUAAUGCACCUUUAAUGGGAACCGAAGAUCUGGAUAAAACAGUCACCGUUCCAAAUAGUCCCAGUGUUAUGAGGGAUGAAAAAUGGACUACGGUACGUAGGAAACGAAACGAAAAGAAAAAAGCUGUAAGCAGUACACAGGUAGUUAGUAACUCACUGGUGGACUCAAAUUGUGAGCCACAAAUUGCACUACCAAGAUCUGAUGGUAAGAGUGAAACCCAUCCUGGCGUGACUGAGAAGAAAAAUCUAAUAACAUCGAAUAUUAUUGUGAGCAAAUUGCGGGAGUCAAACGAUCCUGAUCCGAAAAUUAGACACGCGCAUGACUUAGAAAUUUUAUUUAUUUAUUUAUUUGGACACAUGAAUAUUGGUACAAGAGAGCGCCAAUAUAUAUGCGCCACACAGAACAAUGAAAAUUCGAAGAGGAAUACAAAGAAAGAAAAAAAAGCCAAGGAGCACAAAAAAAGAGAGAACAAUAACGAAGAGAUUGGUGUAAGGUAA